GCUAUGAACUUUUGGAAAACAGCACCAUUCUUGUUCUAUCUAAACUUAUAGCAGCAGAUGACUUAUCAGUAAAUGAAAAUGAGGAAGAUCUUGUAUCUGAAAAUAGUAGUGCAGAUAAUGAACCUGAAGAUAGUUCUCUGAAAGAAAUUUAUGUUGAACAGACAUUUACCUCCUUUGACAUACUUGAACAAUAUCUAAAACGUUAUUCAACUAGAAUAGGAUUUAAAACAAAAAUAGUGUGA